AUGACUCCCCCGACGACCCCCACAGGUUCCGUCGCGCAGGCUCCGCAAUGGGCCCCAGAGCGCUGCAGCCUCAAGCGCAUCGACAGCUCAAGUUCCAAGGUGCAACACCAGAACGAUGAUAACCAGACCCAGGCCCGGAUCCAAUGGCAGUCCACCAGCCACCUGCCCGAACGCCGCAUGAUGGUGCAGCGGAUCCUGCAGCUCUCCCAGUCGCAGUCCAAGACCGUCGACCCGCAGCGCGCGGUGCUGCUGGCCAAGCGCAUCGAGUUGGCGCUGUACUCGCGUGCCGGAUCAUUGGCCGAGUACUACAACUUGGCCACGCUGCGUCGCCGCCUGCAGAGUCUCGUGGCCUCCAGCGUCCACGAAGCCGCGGCAAGUGAGACCGUGGCGCAGACCCACAAGACUCUCAAGCGCCUCGUUGUCGCGCGCGACCUGAUGCGCGUAACCAAGCGCCGACGUUGCACUUUGAGCAGCGGCAACAGUAUCUUCUCGAGCAUUGGUGAGGACUGCACGCGGUUGGUGUUUUCGUUCCUGGACGGCAAGGAGGUGAUGCGUCAUCGAGCGCUUAACCGCUUCGCCGCGACUUUCUUGCCGCGGUGCGUGGUAAGUUUGACCGUGGAGGUGACUCAAUUGAACCAGGGGCUGGCUUCCAAGUCGUCCAUGUUGCAGAUGACCAACCUCCAGCAGCUCGUAGUGCACAAGGCUGGAACGUUGUCAUUGUCACCAUCGGUGGUGCCAAUGGUGGGCUGCGCGUCCACGCCGCUCUACGCCUGGGGCUGCGCGGAGCUGCCGACCACCCAAUCCAACGAUGGGGAGAGCGCCGUGCUCGGUUUAAGCAGUGCGCUAACCUCCGGCGCCUUCCCGAGUCUCAAGAAGUUGCAGCUCAUUUCCGUCUUCGUUAACACCAUGAGCCGCAACGCGCUCCGCUCGCUGUGUAAUGCACUGGAGUCUGGCUGUUGCCCGCAAUUGGAGGACCUUUUGCUGGCUGGCAACAGCCUCGCCGACCUCGGAGCUUUUGAAGUGGCAAGACUGCUGCCGUCCGCUCAAGCUCCGCGCCUCACGCGUCUGGAUCUGCGCCGCAACUUCAUCGGAGAGACCGGACUUCGAGCCGUCCUCACUGCGUUGGCGCAGUCGACGCGCACCCCAUCGCUGCAAGUACUGUGCAUGGGCGGCAACCUGGUCACGGACAACUGCGUGACGGAGUUGCAGAGUUUGCUGGCCGGAGCCGUGUGCCCCUCGCUGAGGUUCCUCGGACUGGAAGACAACUUCCUGAGCGCUGAGGGCGUGCAGUUCGUCCUUAAGACCGCGGCGGUGAACUCGACCAGAGCGCGUCGAGUCUCUUGCGACCGAGGCAACUCCAGCUCCGCGUAA